AUUUAAUCACCAUAAUAUCAAAGAAUGGCAAAGAAAACAGCCCAUAAAAAGCAUGAUAAAACCCAGACAAGCAAAAAUGUUGGAACAAAAGAGUCAAACUCUGGAAAAGGAUACAUUGGAAGACAACAUUCUGGAAAAUAUUCUGAAUCAGAUAGCGACCAUGCAGAGAUUCUUCAGAUAAAUGAAGCUAAAGCUAGUACCCUUGCUUCAUUUCACACCAGGAUGGAACAUGAAAAGGAUCUUUUACAAAAAGAGUUGGAAAAAUCUAUGAACAAGAUGACGCAACAUGUAGAUUGCUUAAUGAAACAGUCUUCUUUAUCUGGCUCUUAUUUCCUUGGAGUAUCUGAGAUGACCAAAGAAAAGCCGAUCUUUAGUGAGAAAGUCUUCGAACAGAAAGAUUCUCUCCUCGUUGAGUCCACAAGAAAGGGGAGAGAGGCUCAUACAAUAUACAAUAUUUUCGUAGCCAUUUUGAUCUUGAUCUUUUUCAAAAUGCUUGUACAUGAUACACUUCAAAAGGGACAUCAUUUCAUUGACUUGACGCUUCUUUAUGACGCUCAUAUUACCGUCCUUGAUGUCAUUAUUCUUUGGAUUCCAAGUUAUGUGUUCAGCUUCACUGUAGUGAUACUUGUGAAUCUUAUUUUGAGUUUAAAACUCAAUUACGUCAUUUACUUACCAAUUUAUUCAAUCGUCAUCUUAUGCUCAAUGACGUAUCCAAUUUAUGCAUCAUUUGCAUUAAAUGAUAAUCCUGUCGGGGGACUUAUCCUCACAUGUGAGAUGGCAAGGCUCAUCAUGAAGAUGCAUUCCUACUUCAGAGAGAAGCUGUUGCACCUUACUCCUAAUGAAUACAAAGAAUUUGUACCUGAGUUUGCUAAGAGAAAAGGUGUCACUUUCGAUGAUCUGAACAUGCCAGAUAUCCAGAAAGGGGAUCUCUUGGAGGAAAUAAGAAGGUUCAAUUAUUUCUUAUGGAUCCCAACAUUGGUAUACCGUGAUGAGUAUCCUAUGAGAGCUCGUACAAACAAGACCAAUCUGUUUGCUAAUCUACUAUCAUUUUACCUCUGCUUUUAUUAUGUGUUUGCUUUGUUUAAGGAGUUGGUGAUCCCUACUUUUGAUAAGUACUUCGAGCAUGAAGCCACACUAGAGGAUGUCAUAACCACCUCUUGCAUUGCAGGGAUCUUAUUCAUGGUUUUGGCUUUCUUCGGAAUCCUUCAUUCCUGGAUGAACCUUUUUGCAGAGAUCACUCUGUUCGGAGACAGACAGUUCUACAUGGACUGGUGGAAUGUUUCUAAUUAUGGAGCGUACUAUAGAAAAUGGAACAUUAUUGUCCACGAAUGGCUGUUCUACUACGUUUAUAAUGAUUCUGUCAGGUUCUCCAAAGGUAAAUUUAGUAGUUUUGGAGCUAAGUUUUGAGUCUUCUUCACCUCAGCUGUUAUUCAUGAAGUCAUCAUCGUGUGCUGAGUUAAGUUUUUCUUCCCAAUAUUGCUCGUCAUGUUUGGAGGAAUUGGAGUAUUCUUUAUGGCCUUAACUAAAUCUAACAAUAGACUCCUUGGAAUUGGAUUUUGGUUAACGAUGAUUAUUGGAAAUGGUCUUCUGAUUGCUCUCUACUGAUUAGAAUAUAACACCAGGAAGCAACCAUUUUAUCAAGAUAAGAUGAAAAAAGACGGACUGAUUUCAUUCUUUGUUCCUCAGAGCUACGACUAUCUACUCAAAAGAUAUUCAUAAUUAGUGAAUAAGCAU